AGCGGGGCAGAUUUGCACCGGGAUCACUUUUUCUCCUCUCUCUCACCCUCUCUCCUUCUUCUUCAUCUCCAUCUCCAUCUCCAUCAUCAUGGCCCCCAAAAAGAAGGAAGAGCCGAAACCCGUCGCUGCCCCAAAACCCCCGGAGCCCGAACCUCCCAAAGAGCCAGAGUUUAACGCGGCUGAAGUCAAGGUGGAGUUCACGCCUGAGCAGAUUGAGGAUUUCAAGGACGCGUUCCAGCUUUUUGACCGGACGCCAACCAACGAGAUGAAGAUCACCUUCGCCCAGUGUGGAGACGUCAUCAGAGCCCUGGGCCAAAACCCCACCAACGCUGAGGUCAUGUACGUGCUCGGAAAGCCCAAAGCUGAAGAGAUGAACGUGAAGAUGCUGGACUUCGAUCAGUUCCUGCCCAUGCACCAGCACAUCUGCAAUGCUAAAGGUCGCGGCACGUUUGAGGACUUCGUUGAGGGACUGAGAGUCUUUGAUAAGGAAGGAAACGGCACGGUGAUGGGCGCUGAGCUCCGACACGUCCUCGCCACGCUGGGUGAGAAGAUGAAGGAGGAUGAGGUGGAGCAGCUGAUGGCCGGUCAGGAAGACACUAACGGCUGCAUCAACUAUGAGGCCUUCAUUAAGUACAUCAUGGCUGGCUGAGCAGAUUCAGGAAUGCUGACUAAGGAUCCAAAUCCUUCUCUUCUUUUCCUUCUCUUCUUCCUUUUUU